AUGUCAAACCAAGACCCUCAAGAAUACACAGAUAAAUUAGAUGAUGUAGAACUCAACAAAAGAAGCAAUCUGAAUCAAGAAUCAAGCUCAAAAGGAAAAAAGAAGGGGAUGGUAACAAGGGGAAGAAAAGGUGAAGUGAGAGAAGAAAACAACGGUCGUGAUAAUGGUGGAAGUAGUGGUAUGGUAGAAGGUGGAGAUGUUAAUUUAGGUGGAGGUAAUGGUGAUAUAAAUUUAGGUAGUGGUAUCAAUAACAACGAUUUAGGUGGAGGUAUUCAAGGAAGCGGUGAUGUUAGAAGCGGUGGUAGUGGAGAGAAUGGUAAGAUGGUGGUAGAUGAAAAAAACCAAACCGGAGAAAGAAAUCAGAAUCAGAACAAAGAAGGAAAUCAAGAACAAGGAAUUCAUCGACAUGAAGCAAAGAAAUGUUAA